CACACACACACACACACACACACACACACACACACACACACACACACACACAGUUAUUAGCCUGUCAUCAUUUACAACACAAGUUGUUUAUUGUAGAUUAAGAUUUGAUUGGAGCCAGUCUCAGGUGUUUAGCUCUGAGCUGUUUCUCUAGAACCACAACGACCCAAACACAGAUAUUUCACUGUAAUUCUACCAUAUGAGAGAAAUUAUACUCGGAAUACUGAAAAACUAAAAAUAUGAGGUCAUUAAUUAUUACGCAUCUAAGUGUGUGCGUGCGUAGGUGUGUAUGCAAUGUACGCGUAUGCGUGGUAUGUGUGCGCGUGUGUGAGCGAGCAUGUUGGGGAGGAAGGGGAGUUGGCAUCAGGUUGAUGUGUAUGGAGAGUAGGAUAUCAUGACUCGCACACAAGAUGAUCCCUUCCAGCCCGGUUCCUAUAGUGAUGUCACAGAGGGCGAGGACAGCAGAAUCAACUGGCCUCACGGACAUGGUCUAGACCAGGCAGCAGACCACCCUCUCCAGCUCUCCUCCUCAUCCUCCCUGGCAGACCUGCUCUCACUCUUGGGCGGAGUGGGAGACCAUAGGGGGUUAAUGGUUGAUGUCAACCCCAGCGAGGGGCUUCAGAACCAGGCUUCAGCGCUGGGAGGAGUGGCCAAGAACCCGAGCAUCAACUGGCCACGCCGCGACAGACAAAAGAGGAACUUUUCCCUGGGCUUAGCUGGCAUGUGCUGUAACCAGGGUUGCACAAAGAAUGACAUUGGGCGUCUGUGCUGAGUGAGACAGGGGUAGAACAGAGGUAGUGGAGGUGGACACUGGCUGAGGGAGCUCCCCCUGUACAGAACGGAGAACUUUGCUUAAAUUCUCCUUUCUGUACAGGGUGAGGAGAGCUCCACCUUCUCUCUGUGUUGAUGGACUGGGUGUGAGAGACAGCAGUUUUAAAUUUUAAUUUCAGUGUUUCCGGAUAAUCACAAGGUUUGGGUUGUUGAUGGGGGAACUUUAAAAACGGCUUUGUAUACUUUUCUGUAUAUUGUGAAAGGAAAAUAGUUUAUAUUUAAUUUUAAUUGCUCAAAUUGUCUCAUCGUUAAAUUCAUGACUUUGCUACUGAAGCAAGAGCAUCAUUGUACCUCCCUGAGAAAUAAAAUAGUUUGAAUGACAUGAACCAUGUAACAACCCACCACAAAUACCCCAUUACAAUACUGAGAAAAAAAUGUUGUGUAUGUAAAAUGUUAAACUAAUCAAAUAUCAAUAUAAAGUAUCUUUUGGAAAUCA